AUGAAGUGGAGGACUACAAGCUCGUUGCUUGCAUUGUUUGCAGUGACCGUGACAGGAUGGCCCUACGAAGAGUCCCUAGUUGACUACAACCUUAAUGUAAACAAGGAUGCCGCCACGCCAGCAGACUAUUUUGCACCAGAAUGGCCAAACCACAAGUAUACGCCCUCGCCGAAGAAUUGGAGAUUUCCAUUCUAUACGCUUUUUCUCGACCGGUUUGUUAACGGUGACCCUACCAACGACAAUAUAAACGGGACUCUUUUCGAACAUGACCUGAACUCGAACCAAAUGCGGCAUGGCGGUGAUGCGCAGGGCUUGGUGGACACGCUCGACUAUCUUCAAGGAAUGGGAAUUAAGGGAAUUUAUCUCGCAGGUACUAUUCUCAUGAACCAGCCUUGGGGUUCGGACGGUUACUCGAUUUUGGAUACCACGCUGUUGGACCAGCAUUUCGGCACAAUACAGACGUGGAGAGAUGCGAUUUCAGAAAUCCACAAGCGUGACAUGUACGUGUUGUUUGAUAACACAAUUGCAACUAUGGGUGAUUUGAUUGGCUUCAAAGGUUAUUUGAAUGUUACGACUCCGUUUUCUGUCAAGGAGCACGAAUCUCUCUGGAAGAGCGAGCGCCGUUAUAUUGAUUUUCAUAUCGGAAAUAAGUACAAUGAGACUUGCAACUACCCUCGAUUCUGGAAUGAAACUGGCUAUCCGGUUAACAGCGAUGUUCGCGACGAGCUUCAAGGCUGCUACGAUAGCGAUUUCGACCAAUACGGUGACAGAGAAGCUUUUGGCGUAUACCCAGAUUGGGAGCGACAGCUGGCAAAGUUUGCAUCAGUUCAGGACCGUCUUCGUGAAUGGAAUCCCAGUGUUCGCGAGAGAUUGAUUAGGCAUAACUGCAUGAUAAUCAAGGCUCUUGAUAUUGAUGGAUUCCGAUAUGACAAAGCCACGCAAGCAACUGUGGAUGCUCUUGGAGACAUGUCAAGUGCUUAUCGAGAAUGUGCCCGCGACAUCGGCAAGGACAAUUUCUUCAUACCCGGUGAAAUUACUGGUGGAAACAACUUCGGUUCAAUUUACAUUGGGCGUGGUAGACAGCCUGACCAGUAUCCAGACUCGACAAUGGAUUCAAUGGCAAUGAACAACGAGUCUGACCACCAGUAUUUCCUUCGCGAGGAGGGGUUACAAGCGCUUGAUAGCGCCGCCUUCCAUUAUUCAACCUACCGAUCUCUUACCCGGUUUCUCGGCCUCGACGGCAAUCUUGCUGCAGGUUACGAUGUACCAGUCGAUUGGACGGAUUCUUGGAACCUGAUGGUGCUGACCAACGACAUGGUCAACGCGAAUACCGGAAAAUUUGACCCACGACAUAUGUACGGUGCGACAAAUCAGGAUGUUUUCCGAUGGCCAGCUAUAGAGCAAGGUAUUGAACGACAGCUCUUGGCAAUGUUCAUUACCACUCUUCACCUUCCUGGCAUUCCAAUCCUAUUGUGGGGCGAAGAACAGGGCUUCUAUAUUCUAGAUGCUACCGCAGACAACUAUGUUUACGGUCGUCAGGCAAUGUCGCCGGCUACCGCAUGGAAGACACACGGUUGCUUCGCUUUGAACGCAGAUCAGUACCACAAUUGGCCCAUCAGCAAAGGACGGGAAGGCUGUCAUGAUGAUGCUGUAGUCUAUGACCAUCGCGAUCCGUCUCACCCUAUCCGAAAUGUCAUCAAACACAUGUAUCAGCUACGAAAAGAUUACCAGGUGCUGAAUGACGGAUAUUCGGUCCAGAAACUGUCCAAUCAAACACGGGAUAUUUACUACCCUGGCUCCAACGGCACAGCUACAGAGGUUGGAAUGUGGUCGAUUCUAAGAGAUUCGGUUUACAAGAUUCAAGAGCUGGACAAUGAUCAGCCAGUAUGGCUGGUAUACCAGAACGACAACAAGACGGUGGAUUACAAGUUCGAUUGCCGUCGGAAUGGCUCGGCGUUGAUCUCCCCAUUCGAUUCGGAUUCAACCGUUGUUAAUCUGUUCUACCCACACGAUGAGUACAAGUUGAAGGAUAGCCCCAAGAAACUCGCCCUCAAUGGCUCCAAAGAAUACAACGGAUGUCUUGAUAGCAUGACCUUGAAGCCGUUUGAGUUCAAGGCCUUCGUUCCCAAAGGAAGUUUUGUGAAGCCUGUACCCAUGGUUACCAAAAUCACCCCAGGGCAUGACCAACCAAUCUUCUCCAAAGUUGGAUAUGGUGAGGCGGAAGACAUCGAUUUUAGUAUUUAUUUCUCCACGGAGAUGGACUGCAACUCUGUGACAAAAGCUAUCACACUAAACUCUACGACGGAGACUGGCAAGAAAGCUUCAAUCGACAGAAAGAGUGUGGACUGCAAGAAAAUUGAUCCAAGCAAGACGCAAUGGACUGCUCAGCUUCCCAGCACCUGGGUUUGGACUUCAAAGCUGACUGGUGUUUACAACGGGAUUCAUCGCCUAACUGUAAACAAACCCGAGAGCAGAGCCGGGGACUCAACAGGUGCUGUUGAUCACUUUCUCAUUCGUGUUGGUCAGGUAGACAACCCGAUGGUUUCCACUGCAGCCAAUUAUUCCACGAACCUGUUGCAGCAACAUGACAACGGUACACUUUACAUCCGACACAAGGCUGCCGGUGCUGACAGAUUCCGUUAUUCGACCAAUUGGGGAACCUCUUUUUCAGAUUGGCGGGAAUAUAAAGGUGGCGACGAGGUCAUCGAAGAACUCCCUUGGUCUGGAACUGACAAGCAAAAGUGGAAAGGACAGCACGUACGCGUUGAAUACUGGAGCAAAUUGACCGGUAGCAGCAGCUAUGUGCAAGAAGGUGAUUAUGGCACCGAUCAUCCAAGGCGCUUCCCUCAUCUCUUCUUCAACGGGCCGUACAACCAGUAUGGAUACGACGCCGGGUUGGAUAAUGAAGUCAAGCAGGACAGUGAUGGGUACUGGAAGUACAGGUUGCGGGUGGAAUACCCGGCCCAGGGACAAUUCAACGUCUGGGGAAUGAACCCAGAUGGGCAACCCGAUCAGAGCUAUGUGUUUGGUGACCUUGACUCUGACGGCGUCCUGGACCGCAUGCCACCUUCCUCGCUGAGCGAUCUUUCUAUCAAUGUCACCGACAGACCCCCAUCGCCCUACCUGAACUGGGAUCUCUGGGUUGAUGAUGGCACAAUGAGAAUUAAUUUCAUGCCGGCUGGGUCAAGAGCAACCCAGAUAGUCAUUUACUUUUUGCUCUGGUUCGUGCCAUUAAUUACAGCCGCCGGGGUUGUGUACGCGUUCAUGAAAUCAUUCUAUCAAGUCAAGUUCAACCAGGUUGGGAUCAGUGAGAAAAAGUCUCUGUUCCCCAUAUUCGCCGGAAAGUCGUCAACGAAUCCUCUGAUGAAGUUGGCCAACAAGUCAGGGUUUCUCCAAAGUACUCCUGCAUUCGGGCCCGGGGCCUCAAACAGGCGAAGUGUCCUCAUCGCCACAAUGGAGUAUGACAUCGAAGACUGGGGUAUCAAAAUCAAAAUUGGCGGCCUUGGUGUUAUGGCCCAGCUCAUGGGAAAGAACCUUGGGCACCAAGAUCUCAUCUGGGUUGUCCCGUGCGUUGGGGGUGUGGACUAUCCAGAGGAUCAACCAGGGGAGCCAAUGUUCGUGACGGUCCUUGGGAACAUAUAUGAAGUAAAGGUUCAGUACCAUGUACUCAACAACAUCACCUAUGUUCUCCUGGACGCGCCCGUUUUCCGUCAACAAUCAAAGUCUGAGCCCUACCCAGCUCGCAUGGAUGACCUCGAUAGCGCAAUCUAUUAUUCUGCUUGGAAUCAGUGCAUCGCCGAGACCAUCAAACGCUUCCCCAUCGACCUUUAUCAUGUCAAUGAUUACCACGGUUCCAUUGCCCCGCUGUACCUUCUUCCCCAGACAGUUCCGGUUUGUCUCUCACUCCACAAUGCGGAGUUCCAGGGGCUCUGGCCGAUGCGCACUCAGAAGGAAAGAGACGAAGUUUGUUCUGUCUUUAAUCUUGAAAUCGAUACUGCUAGACGCUAUGUCCAGUUCGGCGAGGUCUUCAAUAUGCUCCACGCCGGCGCAAGUUAUCUACGAGUUCAUCAACAAGGAUUUGGUGCCGUCGGAGUCUCAAGGAAAUAUGGCAAACGUUCUUAUGCUCGCUACCCCAUCUUCUGGGGCCUUAAGAAAGUUGGAAAUCUCCCGAACCCCGACCCCUCCGACACUGCCGAAUGGAACAAGGAACGUCCCAACGAUAGUGAGAUACAGGUCGAUCAGAACUAUGAGGCAAACAGAGGAGAACUGAAACGCCAAGCGCAAGAAUGGGCUGGACUUGAACAAAACCCCAACGCAGACCUACUGGUCUUUGUGGGACGAUGGUCGAUGCAAAAGGGAGUUGAUCUGAUAGCCGAUGUCAUGCCUGCUGUUCUAGAGGCUCGCCCAAAUGUUCAACUUAUCUGCGUUGGCCCAGUCAUCGACCUUUACGGAAAAUUCGCGGCGCUUAAGCUUGGCCGCAUGAUGCAGGUCUACCCUGGGCGCGUGUUCUCAAAGCCUGAGUUCACAGCACUGCCCCCAUACAUCUUCUCCGGAGCCGAGUUUGCUUUGAUCCCAUCCCGUGACGAACCCUUUGGACUGGUGGCUGUCGAAUUUGGUCGCAAAGGAGCCCUAGGAAUUGGUGCCCGCGUUGGUGGCCUUGGCCAAAUGCCAGGUUGGUGGUAUAAUGUUGAAUCCACAACUACUGCUCACCUGGUCCAUCAAUUCAAACUUGCCAUUGGCAGUGCACUGAACUCGAAACCUCAAGUUAGGGCGAAGAUGCGAGCAAGGUCUGCGAAGCAACGUUUCCCUGUCGCUCAAUGGGUUGAAGAUCUGGAAAUCCUACAAUCAACAGCGAUGCGAGUUCACAGUAAGAGUGCGGCUAAAUCAAACGUUCAGCCCUACACUCCUUCUGGAAACAACACACCCAGCGGAAUGAUGACACCCACUAUUGGAUCCACUGGCAAUGUCACUCCAACCGGAGCACAGACACCUCCACUUUCUCACUCGCGAUCGGGAAGCUAUUCCAAUGUUAACCGAUUAAGUGCUUAUGGACCACAGCAGCGCAACACCAUCAUCUACAGCAGGGACCCAAGCCCCGGGGGCGAUGACCAGCCCAGAUCUGGGUUUGCUCGACACUUAUCCCUCGGUGUGAGGGCUGGACCUGGACAUCUUAUGCGUCGUGGUCGACGCAGAUUGAGGAGAAAUAGCCGCGCUGGCGCUGAUGAGAAUGGCAACGUCUCCAUGACCGAGGAGAGCAGCGAUGACGAUAUCAUCCCAAGUUUCUAUGGAGAAGACGAGUACACACUCACCCCCGAACAAGCAGAGGAAGUACGACGAGGAGAAAUGGCGGCGCCGCAGCAAGACCAAGGCCAUGGCUCGGUUAGGGACUUCUUCUCUCGGAGACACUCAAGCCAGAGUUCAAUUCCAUCCCGCGCUAUUCUCUCUCCAGGGAGUUCAACAACUUUUGAUGGAGAUGAUAGCGCUGCCCAAAACGCGCCGGCUUUAACAGAGCCUGGAAAUCGUCUCAGCUGUUCCUCUGUCCUUUCCGUUGACUCGAUUGUAGGCGAGAAGAAGGACUACAAGCUGCAGAAGGUUGACCCUACAUUCACGGAUAGUACAGGCGAGUUUUACAGGGCGUUUGAAGCCAAAUUGGAAAAUCUCAACGGGUCCAAUUCUGUGUCGCAACUCUGCAUCGAGGAGUACCUUGAGAAGAGCGAGAAGAAAUGGUUCGACAGAUUCCGCGAUGCGAGACUUGGGCGCAACCAGUCACCCUCUUCAAAGUUUCGCAGUAAAUAUGAGGGCCCCUCCCCCAUGGCAACAGUUUCGAAUGACGAAGUCGGGUCGCGUGAAAGUGGAAGCCCGGGUCGGAGACCAGAUGAGUUUUGUCUCGGAAAUGAUUAUGUCCCGCCUACUGGGCUCAGAAAGUGGAUGCAAGUUCGGGUUUUCGACUGGCCAAUUUACUCGUUUAUACUCGGUCUCGGGCAGAUCAUUGCAGCAAACUCCUACCAAAUCACCUUGUUGACCGGAGAGGUUGGACAAACACCCGAGAAGCUCUACGGAAUCGCAACGGUCUACCUCGUGAGCUCUAUUGUCUGGUGGUUCCUCUUCCGCUUCUGCAAAUCCGUUGUGGUGCUAUCCCUACCAUGGUUUUUCUAUGGUCUUGCUUUUGUCCUUAUUGGUGUCGCACAUUACGAGGGUGAUGGGUUUUCUCGAUCGUGGAUUCAGAACGUUGGCGCCGGAGUAUAUGCCGCAGCAUCAGCCAGUGGUUCCUUGUUCUUCGCCCUUAACUUUGGAGACGAAAAUGGUGUCCCUGUCAAGGAAUGGGUGUGGCGUGCAUGCAUUAUUCAGGGGACUCAACAAGCCUACAUCAUCGGUCUCUGGUAUUGGGGAACAUCUAUAUCCCAAGCGGUCACCAGGGGAAUUCCAAACGUCCAGGCAAAUGUUACGGAAACAUGGAGAAUGACUGCUAUCUGCAUGCCGAUUGCUGUUUUCCUUUGGGUUCUCGGUCUCCUGGUAUUCUUCGGUCUACCAAACUACUACCGCCAGACUCCUGGCAAAGUUCCAUCCUUCUAUAAGUCCGUUUCCCGACGCAAGAUUAUAUUGUGGAACUUUGUUGUUGUUAUACUACAAAACUUCUUCCUCAGUGCGCCCUAUGGUCGAAAUUGGAGUUUCCUCUGGAGCUCGGUCCACGCCGAAAACUGGCAGGUUGGACUCCUGGUCAUUGCUUUCUUCGGCGUCGCCUGGGUAGCUAUUCUGUUUAUAUUUAGUCGUCUGUCUAAAUCUCACAGCUGGAUUCUCCCUGUCUUUGCCUGUGGUCUCGGUGCUCCUCGUUGGGCCCAAAUAUGGUGGGGUGUUUCCGGAAUGGGUCUGUACCUACCUUGGGCUGGUAGCUACACCUCCGGGGCACUUGCAUCUCGCAGUCUCUGGCUCUGGCUAGGUAUCCUAGAUUCACUCCAGGGCCUCGGGUUCGGCAUGAUCCUGCUCCAAACCUUAACCCGAAUGCACAUUUGCUUCACUCUGCUGGCAUCCCAAGUUCUUGGAUCCAUUGCAACCAUCUGCGCUAGGGCAUUUGCGCCUAACAAUAUUGGUCCAGGUCCAAUAUCGCCGGAUGUGACAGCUGGAGCUAGCUCAGUGGCUAACGCGUGGUUCUGGAUCGCUAUAUUCUUCCAGUUGUUGAUUUGUGCUGGCUUCCUCAUGUUCUUCCGGAAAGAACAGCUUACGAAGCCAUAA